CCCCUCCACGGCCCCACUUCUGCUCCAUCGCCCUCCAUCGCCCGGCUCUCUUCGGGAUGGACCGCCGUUCUGCCAAGAGCUGGGGGGCCAGAUAGGCUCGUGUUACUACAGCGAUCAUUGGACUUCAGUUUGGGGUUACCAGUGGUCCUUACAGGGCUCAGCAGGUUACUCCUGAGACUGUGAUACAAAUGGAAAAGGACUUAUUGAAAGUCAGAGUUUGCUAUGCCCUGGUGUUCCCUGCUGAACGCCCAGCUUUUCCGGACUGUGCCAUGGACUCCAUGUUUGAGGAUGAUAUCAGCAUCCUCACCCAAGAUGCGCUGGUUCAGGACGAUGAGUGGCUGGACAGCCCCAACACCGACUUCUCCAGUGAGAUGUGCUCCGCUUCUCACUUUGCUCUAAUCACGGCCUACGAUGACAUCAAGAAUCGACUAACAGGACUGGAGCGUGAGAACGCCAGUCUCAAACGCAAACUCAAGAUGUAUGAGAUCAAAUUCCCGCUGAUCAGUGAGUUUGGAGAGGAGCGUAUCUUCCCAUCCUACGACUCCAAAGAGACAUCUCUUUUGAAAAGUGAGAAGGCCAAUCUCCAGCAACAGUUGAAUCAAUUCCAGCGUGAGCUGCAGAAAAGCAAGGAGAGGGAAGAGCAGCUGGCUGAGAUGAUCCAAGCCUAUGAAAAGCUGUGUGUGGAGAAGACUGACCUUGAAUCAGAGCUGGGCCAGAUGAGAGCACUGGUUGAGACCCAUCUGAAUCGGAUCCGAAGCCUGGAGCAGCAGCUGAGGCAGAGAGAUGGCAACUCAUUUCCGAACCUCAACUCUCAGCUUCCAAACCAGGAAGUUCAAUACCUGUCGCUUCAUGGUGGCCAUGUAUUAGAUCGUUCCAUGAACUGGCAGGGUCCCAGAGGCUUAGGUGAGGCAGAGGGCUUGGAGGUGCAGCGACUGGAAGUCGAGCUGGAAGAAUCGAGGCAGGAAGUCCAGAACUCUCAACACCGAGAAGAACAGCUGAAGGCUGAAUGCGAGAGAUUGCAGGCUGAGGUGAAGCAGUUACAAGAGACACGGGCGCAGGAUCUUGCAACCAGUCAGUCGGAGAGAGAUAUGGCUUGGGUGAAAAAGGUUGGGGAUGACCAGGUAAACCUGGCUCUUGCUUACACAGAGCUGACAGAAGAGUUGUGCCGUCUGAGAAACCUGAGUUCUUUGCAAAGCCAGAUUCUUCGGACGCUUAUGCAAGAGCAAACCAUCAGUGGCGGCCAGCGGCACUCUCCCCAUUCCCAGCGGCAUUCGCCUGCCCACCAACGCCGUUCUCCAGCUCCUCAGUGCACUUCCCCAGCUCAGCAAGGAAGACCCUCCAUCCCUCAAUGCCAGUCUCCGGCCCUACAGAGACGGUCUCCAGCACCACCCUGUCAGUCUCCAGCUCAUCAGCGCCGCUCCCCAGCUCCACCUCCUUGCCAGUCACCCGUCUCUCAGCGUCGUUCUCCGGCUCCGCCUUCUAACCCGUCUCCUGCCCAGCAGCGUUGCUCACCAUCCCUCAAUUGUUCAUCCCCUGCCAUCAGUUCACAACACAGGUCUCCCGGUGGCGAGAGAAGCAUUAUGGAUCUGGGCUAUUCCAGGCCCUCGAGCCACCACAUCAAAGCAAGCUUCCAAGGCCGUCGGAGCUACUCGGAGGUGAGCGAUGCGGCUUUGUACCAGCAGAACCGCUCUCUCUGGCUGCAGCCUGAAGCUUCCACCUUACCAAAGCACCGUCCCUACGGUGAGGUUUACGCCAGAGACGCCUUUGAAGAGCACUUGCGCUUCGAGAAGCAGUCCUCAGACGAAGACGACUGGGCCCUCCCAAGUCCCCCCAGCCCUGAAGCAGGGGGCAUCCGCUGCGCCUCUUUCUGUGCAGGGUUCCCCAUCCCCGACACCUCCAUGCACCGGACUGAUGCCUCGUACUCCAGGGCUGAACAUGCCCAGUCCUGGCCCUCAAUCAAUUUGCUGAUGGAGACGGUAGACUCUGACAUCCGAAGCUGCCCUCUCUGCCAGGUGGCCUUCCCCAUUGGUUACCCAGACGAUGCUUUGAUAAAACAUAUUGACUCACACCUGGAGAACAGUAAGAUCUGAGGCCUGGGCUGCCCUCCUUCCUCUUCUGGCUUCCUUAAUGAGACCUGCCCACCUCACCCCACCCCACCCGUCUUGGAUGCUGCAUGAAAAGUGGUGGUGCAACAGGGGCUCUCUCUAAAAUACCUCCAAGUCUCCGGCAGACUGAACCAUGAAGAAUUUUGCCUCCCUCUUUUGUCCUCUUCUCUUUGCCUUGGUUUGUAAAGUGGGUUUUGCCUCUCCUUCCUGCUCUUUCUGAGCAGGACUUGCAAUAUUUCUCCAAUGGUUGGACCAUCUCUGGAGGUAGGGGAGGGGUAAGGAAUAUCCUCGAACCAGGCUGAGCAGGGCAUAACAACCCAACAGCUCAGAAGUGAGGUUGCCUUCUGGGGGGCUCUCUCUACAUGGUUCAGUUUGGGUGUCUCUGGAAGAUCUCAGGGUAGGAUGAGUGAGAAGUCACACCUGGUUGCGUGUUUUGGGGUGGGAUGCAGGAACAGACAAGAUGGACUGCAAUCGACUGAGGGCACAGCCUGCCACUCAGAAGAUAAGAAAGCGAAAGGUUUCAUUUUGUGCCCGUCUUGUGGAGGGAUAUCCAAGUGGGUCAGAUCUCCCCACCUUUUCAGCACCUAAGAAGGGCAUCUGGGUCGGUCAAUUAUCGGACAUAGAAAGCCUUGGCCUCCAGUCACUGGUUCAAGUGUCUUCGUCUUGGUCUUUUACAUUAAAAGGCUACUUUUAACGAUGCUGCUGAGAAAUAGAGCCAACUUCCAGAGGUGUAGCAUGGACGUUCUUAUGUUUUUGCACUGGACAUUAUAACACACAAAGCUUUCCCCACCGCCACUUCCAAAGGAGCUCCUCCUGGCCUCCCAUGCUAUUUUCUUGUGUGUUGCACUAGAGGAACUGUGCGUCCCUGACUGGGUAGAGCUCCAGGAAGUGUCCCCGCGUGACUGUCCGUGUUCUCUUUUGGUGACUGUUUUCCGCCUUUCUCAUAAACACCCUUCUCACCUUGCUUUAGAUAGUUCCUGUAUAACAAGAAUGGUACUCACCACAUUCUGCCUCAUAAAUCUCUCGCAAUGACAGCAUGUUGACACUGUUUUCGACAACAGCAUAAAUGUAAACACACUUUCCAUAUCUGACACCCAUGGUUUCAUUCUUUCUCUUUCUCUGGCCUUACUGAGCAUAUUUUUUGCUGUACUGAUCUAAAACUACAGGCAUGUUCCGGUUGAUCUCUUCCUUCCGGAUGUGUGGUGCCUC